GUUACCUCUAAACGUAUGCAUCUUCUUCACUCUUUCUUAUUUCCUCUCUUCUUAAUUGACAGGUCGAAAUAUUUCCGCGGUAAGAAGCUAUUUGGUGACUGGGACAUACGCAUAGAGCAGGCAGAGUUUCCUGAAAUCAAUGUUGCUGCCUACACAGACCAAGGGACCAUGGUCGACAUUCAAGUAUUGCGGAAUGGCACCAGAGUUGUCAGGUCUUUCAAGCCAGACUUUGUGCUCGUCAGACAACAUGUGCGUGACGCUUGUGAGGACUGGCGUAACUUGAUCAUGGGGUUCCAUUAUGGCGGUGUUCCUAGUAUUAAUUCUAUGGAUUCCAUUUACAACUUUCAAGAUAAACCUUGGGUGAUGGCACACUUAAUCCAGAUCCAAAAGAAACUUGGACCGGACAAGUUCCCAUUGAUCGACCAAGCGUAUUAUCCAAACCACAAGGAAAUGGUGAGUAAUCUUUGGCUGGUCACUCCAAAAUUUCCAGUUGUGGUGAAGAUUGGACAUGCUCAUUCUGGUAUGGGAAAGGUGAAGAUCGACCACCAUCAUGCCUUCCAAGACAUCUCCAGUGUCGUGGCUGUGACCAAGACGUAUGCCACCACAGAGCCAUUCAUUGACUGCAAGUACGACAUCCGUGUGCAGAAGAUAGGCAACAAUUACAAGGCAUUCAUCCGCAAAUCCAUAUCAGGAAACUGGAAAGCCAACACCGGGUCAGCAAUGCUGGAACAGAUAGCUAUGAAUGACAGAUAUAAGCUGUGGGUUGAUGAGUGCAGCCAAAUGUUUGGAGGUCUGGAUAUUGUAGCUGUGGAAGCCCUGCAGGGUAAAGAUGGCCGUGAAUAUGUCAUUGAGGUAAACGACUCAUCAAUGGUUCUGUUAGGGGAGACUCAAGAGGAGGACCGACGCCUCAUCUCUGAGAUGGUGCUGCAGAAAAUGCAGAUUUACUGCAAACCAGGAAUGAGUCAAGGACCCAGUGGCUCCCUACAACAACAGUACACGGCAGACACUCCACCACCACCACCUCCACGGCCAGCUGGAUCACGUACUGGUCAAACUGAUGGCGGACCUCCCGGUCAGCAACCUGGUGUUCCAGCAAGGCCCGGACAGCCAGGACAGGGUCCACCGCAAGCAGCGGGGCAGCCGCCGCCACCACCACCGCAGCAGCAACAACAACAACAACAACACCAGCAACAACAAAGCCAACAGCAGCACCCUCACCAACAACAGCAGUCAGGGAACCAGGCGCACCCGCCGGCCCCAGGGGGGCAGGGCCAAGAUGAGGACACAAUGCAAAACCUUCGGAAGACUUUCGCUGGAAUUUUCGGGGACAUGUGAAGCAAAUUUUAAGGGUCUGGGGAUUGUUAGGCGGGGUGGAAUGAAGUAGCAGUGCUUUGUUUUUCUUUUUUUUUUAUUUAAAAAAAAAUUUUUUUUCGAAAUGAAGCAGGUUUUUUUCUAAAAAAAGAAUUUAAAAAAGGAAAGAAAGGAAAAGAAAAGAAAAAUAUCAAGUCAAAAUAGGUGGAAAGAGUGUCCCCACAUUUAUCAGGACACCCUUUAAAUACAGAGAAAACCCUUCAUGAAAAGAAAAGAAAUUGCCAAAAUAAUCUUCACAGCUAAUGAAUUUCCCCCUGUCCCACCACAUCCACCCCUCUUCAAAACCCGAAUCAACCAACCAACCAAACCAUAACCAAACCAACCCCCUCCCCCGCCUGCCACCACGCUGUUGAGUUCGGGGGUGGAACAGGGAGGGGUAAGAACAGGAAGGGUAAGGAAAGGAAAAAAAAAUAAAGAUAUGAAAAAAAUGGGGGGAGACGAGGAACAGCAGAGAAGAGAGGGAGAGUGCGUGAGUGUGAGUGUGAGUGAGUGUUGGAGUGGAGUGAUGGAGUAGAUAUAAUGGGCAGAGCGAAAUGCGACAGUGAGUUGGUACCAGGGGGUGUGUUGAUGCGGGAGGGCAAGGCGUGGUGAGGUCAGGUGAGGUCAGGUGAGGUCAGGUCAGGUGGUGUUGUUGUCUCGUUGUCAUAGUCGCGGUGGUGAUGGUAGUGUGGUAAACCAGUGGAGGUGGUGGCAGUGGUAGUAGUGUUUGUGAUUGUUGUCGUCAUUGUCAUCGUCAUCGCCAUGGUGAUGGCGAUGGUGAUGGUCGUAGUAGUAGUAGCAGUAGUAGUAGUAGUAGUUACAGUAGUAAGUGAAAGGUUGUGUUGUCUUCGUUGUGGUCAUUGUCUUGUGAUGUGGUGUGAACUGUUGGUCAGUGGCCAUCGCUGUACGGCAGCUGAGGUGGAGUAGAAUUGUGGGGGGUGGGAGAUUAGGGCAGUGUGUGUGUAUGUGUGAGUGUGUAAAGGAAGGAAGAAACAGACAGAGAAGGAGUGAGAGAGACAAACAGACAGACGGAAGAAUAAAGGUGGUGGGAGGAGCUUAGUAUGUGUGCAUGUAGCAGAGGAAGGUGGAGAGUGGUGGGUUAUUAGGAAAAAGAAGAGUACCACUUUCCCUGUUUCUCCCCUUUUCCCCCCGUCCCCCUCCUCUUGCAACCUAUGACACUCA